GGGCAGCUCCCCGAUAAUGACUGGCCACCGCAGUUGGGGAUAUGGGCGGGAUGACGGACCUUCAGAGUGGCAUAAAUCCUACCCUAUUGCCGAAGGGAACCGCCAGUCACCUAUUGAUAUAGUUUCUGCAAAAGCAGUUUAUGACCCUAAUCUGAAGCCACUUAUUAUCUCCUAUGAAUCAUGUUCAUCUCUCAGCAUCUCCAACAAUGGCCAUUCAGUUAUGGUUGAGUUUGAAGAUACUGAUGACAAGACAGCCAUCAGCGGUGGUCCCCUGGAGAAUCCAUUCCGACUAAAGCAGUUUCACUUUCACUGGGGGACAAAGCACAGCCAGGGGUCAGAGCACACAAUUGAUGGCAAACCUUUUCCCUGUGAGCUCCACUUAGUUCACUGGAAUGCCAGAAAAUAUGCAACAUUUGGAGAAGCAGCAGCAGCUCCAGAUGGCUUGGCAGUAGUUGGUGUUUUCUUGGAGAUUGGGAAAGAACAUGCCAAUAUGAAUAGACUCACUGAUGCUUUGUACAUGGUAAAAUUUAAGGGAACAAAAGCUCAAUUUAGAAGCUUCAAUCCCAAAUGUCUCCUGCCCUUGAGUCUAGAUUACUGGACGUACCUUGGUUCUUUGACAACACCACCUCUUAAUGAGAGUGUGACAUGGAUAGUGCUCAAAGAACCCAUCAGAAUUUCUGAGAAACAGCUGGAGAAAUUCCGUAUGCUCCUCUUUACCACUGAGGAAGACCAGAGGAUCCAAAUGGUGAAUAACUUUCGCCCUCCUCAGCCUCUUAAGGGGAGAGUAGUUCGAGCUUCCUUCAAGGCCUGAAGAAAACUGACAAUGGCCCUGAGAUAGCCAA